AUGCACGACCACCGAACCUUGCCGAAUAUCUUCGAAAACCCAUUCCUAUCUGUCAGAGAUGUCCUCGAACUGCAUACCUUCUUGCUUCGAAUUCGCAGCUCGAGCUCAUAUCUUGCUUCGUUGACAUUCGUCAUAUUCGAUAUCGCGCAUCAGCCAUCCUUCACAGACAUCCUGCGUUUGGCCGCGUUACUUGGCGAACUAUGUCCAAACGUCACCGAACUCGAGUGGUCUCAUUUGCCCAACUGGAACAGCCCUCUUAUGCCUCAAAUUCCCAAUGCUGUCUCCAGUGAUUUCCUAUGGUUCGUCGUGCAUGAACCCUUCCCAGACACGCUCUACCUCGCUUCUCCAGCGUUUCCAGCCUUGGAUCAUCUGUGCAUAUGUGCUCCCACAGGUCAUCCUAUGACGAACAUCACCACGGUGCUGAAACAAAUAUCCUUCGAUCUGUCCUCGAUUCAGCUUAUGGCGGACGUCGCCGCAAAGGGAGCCGUGCGUGGCCUGAUCCAAACGCUCUCGACGCAAUGCAGACCGAAUAAACUCUCCAAACUCCACAUUCUGGAACGCAACGAACCCGACCCUUCUGACCCCUCAUAUCUCUUCACUUUGGGUCACCCAACACUCUCACUCGCAUUCAGAUUCAGAGAGCUAAGGGAGUUGGUCCUAGUGACGUCCCGCGUGGUGGAAAUAGACGAUGGCAUUUUAUUGGAGAUGGCAGCCGCAUGGCCGAAACUCCACGGUCUGUCCAUCAACCACCAGCACGGCUGGCGGACGCGUCCCCGCAUCACCCUACGCGAGGCGGUCCACGGCGAUACUGGAGUCGGAGGAACAACGGGGUCUGAGAGCAUCCGCGCAUCAAGUUACCCAUUAUUCUCGUUCCAUGUUUUAGACUGGUGGAUCGACGAGGAGAGUUUGGACGCGGUCGAGGCCUUCUUUUCGUUCGACAGGUUCCCUGAGCUCGAAGAUGUUGACCUCGGAGAUCGCCAAUGGUCAGACGAUGGAGAGGCAGGAAUCACACUUGAUACUGCUCAGGCACAGGUAUGGAUGCGUGUGCGGUCGAGGGUCAGUGCCGAGCGACAGGCGAGGGGUCUUCCGAGCGAGCCCCAAAGAGAGCGCUUCUGCUAG